GCCAAAUCAGCCUGCAGGCGGUGGUGGCGGUAGAUCCUGCUACUGUGCCUCACGGUCUUACAGGAUUGAACCAACGGCCUCAGCGCCCACGAUUCGGCAAUCAUUACAGAGUAUAUGGAUGCGCCGAAGCCGCUGAAAACAGCUACAAGAGGCCUCGAAGGGUGCGGUAAGCAAGGUAGCUUUGUGGCUAUUGCUGAGAUUAUGCUAGUGUUCGUAUUAUUGUCUAACUGCUACGAGGAGCGCGUUGACAGCUACGGGGCUGUCAACUAUAACGCACACGACGAGGCGCCCGAGGAUCACUUCGAUACUAACCUCGGCGCAGCGUGGGUAACGGCUUACAACUACUACGACAAGCCCGGUGAUACCGCCAUCUACUACACCGUUACACUACUCCACCCGUACUACGCGACUUACUACGAGCAAGCGUAAACUAAUA